GUCUGAUCACCGAUAUUCUCAUCUCCCUUGACGACCGAUUCAUCUACUUUAAUAACUGGCUCCAUAGUGACGUCAGACAAUAUGACAUCACUGACCGCCGUAAACUCCUCGGACAGGAACAACCAGCGCCUGCCUACAUCGAAGGUAACCGUAUACUGGGUGGGCCUCAGAUGAUACAACUUAGUCUGGACGGGAAACGUCUGUACCUGACGACAUCACUUUUCUCAUCCUGGGACAAACAGUUCUACCCGGAAAGGACAAGCAAUGGUUCCAUGAUGCUUGCUAUCGACGUUGAUAUAAUGAAAGGAGGACUCAAGCUAAACCCAAACGUCUUCGUGGACUUUGGAAAGGAACCAGACGGCCCAGCGCUAGCCGACGAGAUCAGAUAUCCAGGCGGAGACUGCACUUCCGAUAUCUGGCUCGCCAGUGGACAGAGACCACAAUUAAUUACUUCCGG